AUGGCCGCUGGCAACAACGACCCCCAGGAAAAUGCUCUGUCCCACGUAUUCGGACAACAAUCCGUUUGUGUGGCCAUGGAUUUCCCGGGCUGGUCUCAGGCCGCCUUGGCUGCCUUCCUCCUCUCUGGAUUCAUCGACGGCUGGGUUGUCAUACAGGUCUACCGCCACUGUGUCAGCACUUGGUCCGAGGCAGGAGCUAGCAAAGCAAGCUGCCGCAUGCUUGCCGGUUUCUUCACCUUCGUGGUGCUGUGCCUGAACAGUUUCUGGCUUGUGUACUUCUGGAAUCCUGUGGACAAUCACUCUCCGGCCACCGUCGUGGCCCACACGAUUCCGUACCUCUGCCUUCAGGUUGGCUACUUCUUGUUCGUGGCGUUUCUGCUGGCGGCUUUGCGGCCGACUUCGGUUGGCACCUGUCGCAAGGUAUCCUGGUACGUGCUGCUGUCCAUCUACUUCCUGCUGAAGGUCGCCAACAUCUGCGUCACCCUCUGGACCUUCUCAGAGCUCCUGGAGGAGGGCGUCCAGCUCGGUGGCCAGUCCUCGCACAAGGGGCCCAAAGUUCGAUUUGCCGCCACGCGGGUGCUGGAGCCGGGUGCCAUCCUCGCCCUUGCGCUGCUGCUGCUUCUGCACCCCUUCCAGCCGAGCGGGCCAUCUCCGGUGACCCCAGAAGGGCGCCCGGAUAAAGAUGCAGGGCUCGAAGCUGCCUGA